ACUCGUUCGCUUGACAAACAGAGACUGGAGGGAACUGGCGGGAACCCGCAAAGUAAAAAAGAAAGCACCGUACUCAGUCCUAAUUAAUUGCACCAAAAAGCAUUUGGUUCUCGGUAGUGACCAGUGAGAGCGAGCGAGAGAGAUCGAAAGCUAUGGAAGGCCACGACGACGACGUUUCAAUGGAGGACGCAGUCGUUGAGCCCAUGCCUAGGAGAACCAAAGGCAGAGGAGGAAGCGGACGUCUCAGAUCACAAUCCAAAACCCUAGACCACCCAAACAAUCCAUUUUUCCUCGAUGCGAAUGAGCCCCCUUCUCAAGGCUACGCUCCUCAACGUUCUAUUGAAGGAUGGAUUGUAUUGAUCACUGGGAUACAUGAAGAGGCACAGGAAGAUCAUAUUUUGAAUGCAUUUGGUUACUAUGGGGAAAUCAAGAAUUUGCAUAUGAAUCUUGACCGUCGCACUGGAUUUGCUAAGGGUAAUGCGCUGAUUGAAUAUGAGACAUUUGAGGAAGCUGAUGCAGCAAUAUCAGCAAUGAAUGGCACUAAACUUUUUGGUCGGACCAUCCUUGUUAACUCGGCUUUCAUGACUGGUCCCUUUGGAAGUAAUUCAAGAAGAUCACCACAAUUGAACCGCUCCAGAAGUCCAAGGAUGAAAUACUGAUUUGGGUUCUGCUUCCCUCGGCAACACUAUUAUGCUUGUGCUAGUGAGUAGUGACACAAUUUUAAUAUUGCUUUUAUUACAAGGUGCAUGUCACUGACGUCAGGCAGGGGCAUUCUAACUUUCAAAAGAUGUAUGCAAGAACGGAAUUUGGAGUACAUACAUUUUUUACUAAUUACAUGUGUAAACGUUGAGAUGGUAUAUCCUUAACA